AUUAUGGACAUGGAGAACAUAAUAAACGCCGAACUGUUUCAAAGCUGUUUUAUUUAUACUUUAUAGAUCUAGGCUGAAAAUAAAAUACUACAUUUUAAAUCAGAUAAUUAAAAUUAUAAACGGUUACUGUUGGUUUUAUACACUUAUAUAAUUAAUCGUUGUUAUUAAAAUUGCAAAGUUUAUCCAAUUAUCUGUUAACAGUAAAUUAUUUUCCUAUAUAAUUUAGAUAUUUUAAUAAAUAUGCCGGAAGAUAAAAAGACGCAGGGUAAAAAUAAAAAUGGACCAAAAGAGCAACGAAAACGUCGAGGCCGGCAAUCUGGUCCUGAAAUCAAGCAAGAUAAUGAAUCUGAGCCCGCAAAACCUUCAACUAAAGCUCCUGAGAAAUCUGAGAAACCUACAUAUGAACCACCUCCUCCCGAAUUUUAUAAGAAUCUAAAAAAAGAAACUGAUGAAAUACUCAAGAUUACAGAGGAAGCAAACUCAAAGUAUAAAAAGAAAGAAAUUCUGAGUAAUUGGGCUAAGUACGAGAUGCCCAUAGAGAGUUAUGAAGAAAUUGAUGACCAAGAGAACUUGGGUGCUGAUUACGAAACCUUAGCCAACACACCAUUGUCUAUUGGAGGUCAUUUUCAAUUUAAACAUGAAAAAUCAUGGGAUGAAAAUAGUGGACCAUCUCCCUAUGAUAAGUAUUUUGAUAUCAAUAUGGAGAACUUAUAUACAGCCCUUUCAAGCAUACCAUUUUUUGAAAGAAAUGAUAUAGAUCAAUCUAUCUUUAGUGAAACAGACAUUCAAAAUAUGACCCAUCGUGCAAUGAAGUUUAAACAAAAGUACUACAAUGAUAAGAAAUAUAUGACACCAGAGAUGGAGGCUCAAGAAAAAAUACUAAAUAAAUUAACUGUACAUGAUGACACUAAGUAUGUAGAGGCAACUAAUGAUAACAAAAUUGAUGUUCUACCUGAUAUUAAUCCAGAAAAUAAAGAAAGUCCUAUUACAGAUAAUUCAAUAGAUACUUCUGAUGAUAUUGAAAUACAAAACAUUAAAGAACCUAGCACUAUAUUACUAAGUGAAAAUGAUAUAAAUGAACCUAGUGAAAUUACUGAAAAACACAUUUGGAAAGAAAAAGAUAAUUUGAAACAUGUCUUAGAUGUGAAAGAUAAUAUUGAAGUACCAAUUAAAAAUGAUAUAGAAGUUGAAGAGAGUAAAGUCAAGAUCAGUUCAGAGAGUGAAGUCACUGCUUUGACACCAAAGAAUCCCGUCAUAGAAUCACCUGAAGAUCUCGAAAAAUGGCUUGAUGACUUCUUAGACGGAUAAUUUCUUUAUUCCUAUAUGUACUAUAUUCAGUUUUUAAAAAUAAUUAUUAUGACACCCCAGAAAGUAAAAAGCAAUAAAAUGUAUAUGAUAAAGACAUGGAUAAUUUAUUAAAAGAUUGCGCGUAUGUCGGGAGUCUCCCACGACAGUGCCACCCUUUUUUGCGGGAAUCCUCGAAUUCAACAUGGAGCUGAGCCAGUGCCGGUGGAGUAAUCCCUGAAAAAGAAAUUUUUAUGCCAACGAUUUUUUUUCUACAUUGUUCUUGAAGUUGUGAGACCGGUUCGGUGAAAUUGGCAAACUCUGGAUGGGUUUGCUAAUUUCUAUGUUUAAAAAGCUAGGUGAAAAUCAAUGCAAACAUCAAACUCAUUUUGGGGAAGUGGAAGGGUCUAAUUUAUAAAAAUAGACAGUAAAAAAAUAUAAUAUAAUUAUGUAAACAAGUUUGAAUACGUGGAAAACUAAAUGUUCCUAAGCAUUUUAAAAUUUCAAUUGAUUACAUUUGGAAUGUUGCCCGUGUUGUGAGUAGAUUACAGCACUUAAUUAAAUUACAGCACAAUUAUACAUGAUGCAUCAAAACAAAAGCGA